AUAUAUAUACAUACAUAUAUAUAGAAAGAUAUCGUCGAAUAAAAUCGAACACGACGAUCUAUAAUAAGUACGAGGAAGAAAAACGAAAGGAUGAACCAAGAAGUUGCAAAAAUAAAGGAAAAAAAUAAAAGAUAAAGCAAGAAUAAAGAAGCAAUGAUUGUAAAUGUAAUCAGAGAAAACACAGAUAAACAGAAUAGAUUGCCCAUCAUUUUUCUUUGGAGAUUCUCUACUCGCUCAUUCUUAUUUGAUUAUAAAUAGGGAACGUUAUUGCGAUUGAUUAUUAUUAUUAUUAUUAUUAUUAUUAUUAUUAUUAUUAUUAUUAUUAUUAUUAUUAUUAUUAUUAUUAUUAUUAUUAUUAUUAUUAUUAUUAUUAUUAUUAUUAUUAUUAUUAUUAUUACACCUAUUAUUAUUAUUAUUAUUAUUAUUAUUAUUAUUAUUAUUAUUAUUAUUAUUAUUAUUAUUAUCCGUAAAAUUUAUGCGUUUGCGAGCGUACCGACUAUAUUCUUUUAUUAACGAGCCGAUGAUAACGUCGAGUAACAUCCUGAAAUGAAUUUUAUUGAAGAACCCUUAAAAGAACACACACAGACGUAGACAUACACACGCACAGAUUUGAGUCGGUACGUUUGACGAAAAAGAAGAAAAAGUUGUUUGUUUGUAUCGCGAUUUUUUUCGAGUGCGCAACCAUCGAUCAUAAUGAGUUUCCAUUCGUACGAUAAGAAAAGAAACGCGAAAUCGAGGCCGAAGGGAACGUUGUUUAGAAUUCCUAGUUUUUAGUUCCUACACGCAUAACUCGCGCGUUAUUUAAACGAGAUAUAAACGGCGAUUAGAGCGAGGAGAAAGAAAAAUAUAUGAAUGAAAAAAAGCAUGCCGCACCAGAGAAGUUAACGCUAAACGUGACGUGAAAAUAAUAAAGAGAGAACGAUUUUUAACGUUUGUAUUAAUAAAUAUUAUUUCCAAAUCGGUUGAGGUCAACAAACCGCUUGCCUGCUUUUCCGACGACGACGAUGAUGAAUAAACGCGGCCUUUUCCGACUUGUCCUUCGCUUUCACGCGCUUCUCGCCAAAAAAAAAAAAGAUAUCAAAAUAAUAGUCGAUUGAAAUCAAAAUAAAAAAGAAAAGAAAGAAAAAAUAAUUGAAAAAAAAAAAAAAAGUAUAUUGAGCUCCUGGAUAUAAUAAUGGAUAAUGAGCCUGCUAUCCACGCCACGAGGACGAAGGAACUACAUGUAGGUAAGAUUAAAAAAGCAAAAAAAAAAAAGGAUAAAUAUAAAGAUAAAUGUAAGAAAAAAAAAUAUUCUAUUGAAUUUAACGCAAAUAGAGUUAAUUUAAUACGCGAUUGUUUUCACACAUUAGAAAGAGAUAAAAAGUAGAGAGAGGAUAAAGAAAAUAUCACGGCCUCAUUUUCUUUAUUCCACAUACAUAUAUCGAUAUAAAGAAAUUACGAUAAAUCAGAGACAACGAAAUAUUCCCGACAAAUUCUCAUGGGAACGAUAAACUUGUCGUACUUUCGACGUUCUAGUAAAUUAUGCGAAUGAAAAAUCUUCAUAGAUCUGACAUAUACGUAAUAAUGUCGAAAGAUUUACGCAUACGUAAUAUUACAUAAAACCUCUUCAAAUCGACACCGUUUCAUCACAAAAUUAUUAUUCGAAUGGUAAUAUGAUAAUUACACUCUCGAAAAUUUAACAACUUUUGUAUCAGUUGACAUCACGUGACGUAACCAUACAACUUCGAUUCCGGAAGAUAACUUUCCAAAAGAUUUCGAUUGAUUGCUCUUUCGCUUCUUCGUUGAAACAUUUUCUAUUUUAAUAAAGAAAGUAAUGGAGAUAUGAAGAGACUAGUAAAAAAAGAAAUUAAAAAAAAAAGAAAAACCAAACCAAGAAAGAAAGAAAAAAUCUAUAUAAAAAUCUCGAAGGUUAAGGAUAGUAUCCAAGAGGAUGCACGUCGAUGUCAUCAAUCACGAUUUCCCUCUAUUGUCUUUCGAAGGGAACACUAACUGCGUAACAUAAAUAUACAAGCUGUCUCUUCGUGUUUCUACAAACUAUUCUCCGACCACGCAUCCCUUUCUCUCUCUAUAUCUCUUUAGGCAAGAGAAAAAACUGACGAAAUCGUCGAGUUCGUUUCAUCGAAAAUAUCUCAACUUAUCCUACGGCGAAUGUAACAAAAGAUUACUUACACCUAUAACAAUGCAGAUAACGAAGCAUGAGCCUAAUCGGUAAGUCGAAAUGACUCGAUCUUUCCACAAAUGGAAAUAUCGGUGCUUAACGAUCAGACAGAUUCAUAGAGAUCGAUAGUCGCACGUGUUUCAUUCCCUCGUCAUCAUUUCACAAGCAUCCUAUCAACUUUUACGUAUCGUUAUUUUUUUAUUAUUAUUAUUAUUUUUAUUAUUAUUUUUAUUAUUAUUAUGAUUAUCGAAAGAAAAGGAUUGAGGCGAAGAAGAGGAAACGAAAGGUAACGAUACGGCACCCUUCGAAUGAUCGAGAUCGAUCAAGCCGAUAAAUCGCUACCGUUAGGAUGGAUACUGUUUUCUUCGUGGAAUGCAAUAUGGGUUCGGUUAAAAGCAAAUCACGGAGUAGUAGCAGAAAUAAAAUGUCAACGAUGUCGCGGCAACGAUGUUGCACCAAAGAGCAAACGCAUCCUUUUAAAAGGUUCUGAGAUAGAGAGUAUUGUUGUGUGAUCUGGCGUACCCUUAAACGAGCGAAUUCUCGUUCUUACGUUCGUGACGACGUUGCCCUUUCCACGUCGGAUCCGUUUUCAAAACCGACAACCGAUAUGAUAAUGUCUCUCAUCCGUCUCUUAUCCACGAAAGAGAUCGAGAAAAUUAUAACGAGACCUAGUUAAAUGGUACAACGAUUUUAUUAUGGAUUGAGGACUUUGAAAACUCGACGAAACUAUUAGUCCGCCAUAUUGAAAGACACGAGAUUAUACAAUUAUAACAUCGAACGUGUUGAUUUAAAUUCGUCAAAGUGUCGAAUAAGACUCGACGAUCAUAUUUCAAAUAUAAUAUAUCUCAUUAAAUGAAAUAAUCGCGAUUCGUUGAAAAUUCGAAUUAGAUUAAAUGAAAUUAGGAUGAUUAUUAUGACGUAUAGCAAGGGAGAGAAAAAAACACAUUUUUAUGGAUAAAAAUUUCAAUUUUUCAAGAUUUAAAGAUAGAGGAGAGAGGGUCGAUCGUGUUUUCCUUUCUAAAUCGAUGAAAUAUCGAUGUCACGUAAAUGUCGCGCUAAAACAGGAGUAGAAAGAGGAGAAGAAGAAAAAGGAGGGGAGAAUAUCGAGUAGAACUUGGUUCUACGAGGGCGAACGAACGAUCGAUGAUUCUCGGUGCAUACAUCAUCGGGGAAGAAGAAGAAGAAGAAGAAGAAAAAAAAGAAGAAGAAAAUGGUAGCUACCUUUGCCUCUUGUUGUUCUUCUCGACAUAGUCAAGGAACAGUAGAAGACAGUAGAGAAAUACGGAGGGGGAAAAAAGCGUUCAGUUGCGCGGAGUAUAUAAGACACGGGGGAGCCAACGAGCUCGGUAGAAUCUCUCCUAGGACAAAGGAGCUACGUGAUUUCGUCGCGUUUCGAUACAUAUAUAUAUAUAUAUACAUAUACAUAUAUAUAUAUACAUACAUAUAUAUAUAUAUAACAAAAAAAAAGGAAGAGAAAAAAGAGAGAAAGAAAAGAAAGAAGAAAUAAUCACGCAAAUAUAAAUCUUCGUGUUUGUGAUCGAUCGACCGACCGACCGACCGAUCGAUCGAUCGUUCGUUCGUUCGUUCGUUCGUUCGUUCGUUCGUAUUAUAAGCUAAUCGAUCGUAUUUAAUUACCUUACGUACGUACGUGCGUUCGUGUCGUGUUCGUGGGAUAUGCCAUUUCGAGUGUGUCGUCACAACAAGUGAUCGUCGUUCUCAGCACCAUCACCAUGGAUCCUCGUCGAUUUAUCAUCGCACGAUCGUUGGUCGCCGUUUCUCUUCUAUACGCGACUUACUGUUCGGCUGAAAAAUUGUCACCCGAUCAAAAGGCCCCGCCUUUCGCUCGUGGCUCCGGUGGACUUAUUUUGAAGGCACCCUUCGAAGGUGGAGGUCAACCGGCAGGUUCGAGUAACAUUGACGGAGUUCAAAGGGAAGAAAAGGAAGAUAUUAAAAUCGUUGACGGUCAACCGGUUCGCGUUGUGGAAGGAAGUUUCUCUUAUAAGAGCCCUGAAGGACUUCCUGUGUCUUUUAAGUACGUCGCCGAUGAAAACGGGAACAAAGCCAGCUUCAAAUUUGGUACAGCCGCUGGAGGUGGUAAUGGAAUUCCUGGAGGUGGUAAUGGAAUUCCGACUCCUACGGGUUAUCCACCGAGGGGACCACCCAAUGGCGUUGGAAAUGGAAAGGAACCAGGAAUAUAUUUGCCACCAAGUUCCAAUAAGGACAAGAACGUCGAUAGAAAAUAUCUUCCACCGCAAUAAUCGAUCUUUCUCGUACUGUCCAAUGGCAUCUCAAUUAGAAAGGAUUGGAAAAUGGAUUUCAAUGUAAUCGAUAGAGACGAUCGAUACGACGACCCUUCUACUUUUUAAUUAACGAUGCGUUAAGAAAGAAAACAAUCCCGCGUGAGCUCCAUUUAAAUUGAUGAUAAUUUUAGAGAACGCGUCGUUUAGAAAUAUAUAUAUAUAUUUCAAAAAUAAUUUAUGACGACGUUAAUGCGUCGUAAUCACGGACUUAAUAUGUACAAAGAUUCAAAUCCGUAUCUCUUCGGGAGAUCACGUGAUAAUAAGAGAAAAAUAUAUUUUUUUAUAAAUUUU